GCCAAUAUUGCCACAAUGGGAAGACUCAAAAUCCCAACUAUUUUCAACACAAGCAAGCAAGUACCUAAGCUUCCUUAUGCAAACCCCAUUAAAAAAAACCUCGUCAAUAAAUCUGAAACUCAGGAAGAUGGGAUUGUGAAUUCAUUCUUUGGCCGCUUACGCAAACUUAUGUCUGGAAAUAAGAGUGAUGGGGGAUCAAGGACAGAGGCAGAAGAGAAAGUUUGCUCAUGGUUAUAUGCAUUGGCUCAGUCAGAGAAGGACUUGGUUUUUGAGUAUGUUCAAUCCACUGAAAGGGGAUUGAGCUUUGCUGAAGCUGAGAGAAGACUGAGGGAAAGUGGCCCAAAUAUUCCUCUUGAUUUUUCUUUCCCAAAGUGGUGGCAUCUUCUAUGGAGUGCUUUCUUUCAUCCCUUUAAUAUCAUUUUGAUCGUCUUGUCUGCAAUCUCAUACAUUACCAGUGAUAGUCCAAAUGGAUGCAUAAUGCUUGUACUGGUUUUCAUUAGUGUUUCCCUCAGGUUUUACCAGGAAUAUAGCAGCUCAAAAGCAGCCAUGAAACUUUCAGAAUUUCUUCGAUGUCCGGUCAAAGUUCAAAGAUGCGCGGGUCGGGUUGUCCAAACAGAAGUAGUAGUUCAAGUUGAUCAAAGGGAUGUUGUUCCCGGUGAUAUUGUCAUUUUUGAACCUGGAGAUCUUUUCCCUGGAGAUGUGAGGUUGUUAUCUUCCAAACACCUUGUUGUUAGUCAGGCUUCAUUAACCGGAGAAUCUUGGACAACAGAGAAAACAGCUGAUACCAAAGAAGAUCACACCGCUCCCUUGUUAGACUUGAAGAAUAUAUGCUUCAUGGGAACAAAUGUAAUAUCAGGUAGUGGAACUGGUCUAGUAAUUUCAACUGGAUCCAAGACUUACAUGAGCACCAUAUUCUCAACCAUAGGGAAGAAGAAACCGCCGGACGACUUUGAGACAGGUGUCCGCCGCAUAUCUUAUAUUCUGGUUGCCGUUAUGCUUGUUGUUGUCACAAUCAUAGUUGUGACUGCUUACUGUUCAUCUCACAAUCUGAGUGAAAGUGUUCUUUUCGGGAUUUCGGUCGCCAGUGCUCUCACUCCUCAAAUGCUUCCCCUCAUUGUUAACUCAAGUCUAGCAAAAGGAGCACUUGCAAUGGCUAGAGACAGAUGCAUAGUCAAGAGCGCCACUGCCAUACGAGACAUGGGAUCUAUGGAUAUACUAUGCAUAGACAAGACAGGUACACUCACCAUGAACAGAGCAAUAAUGGUUAACCAUCUUGACAUCUGGGGCUUACCAAAAGAAAAGGUUUUACGCUUUGCCUUCUUCAACUCGUAUUUUAAAACAGAUCAGAAGUAUCCGUUAGACGACGCAAUUUUGGCACAUGUAUAUACAAAUGGAUACAGGUUCCAGCCCUCAAAGUGGAGGAAGAUAGAUGAGAUUCCUUUUGACUUCAUGAGAAGAAGAGUAUCUGUUAUCUUGGAAGCGGUAACAGAAGAAAGAAACCAUUUCCAAGAGCUGCUCAUGGUAACUAAAGGAGCGCUUGAAGAAGUAAUGAGAGUUUGUUCUUUUGUUGAACAUGUUGAUAAGGGUGUGAUUGGUACUCUCUCUCCAGAGGAGUAUCAGAGAAUUUUCAGCAUGAGUGAAGAAAUAAGCAAUGAGGGUUUAAGAGUCAUUGGAGUGGCAACAAAGAUGCUGAAAACGAAGGAAACAACAAAUCAGAGUAGAAUUGACUAUGAGACUUUAGAAUCAGACAUGGUUUUCCUGGGCCUCAUAACAUUCUAUGACCCUCCUAAAGACUCAGCAAAGCAAGCUCUGUGGCGGUUGGCUAAAAAGGGAGUAAAAGCAAAAGUACUCACAGGUGAUUCGUUGUCUCUUGCCAUAAAGGUUUGCAAGGAAGUUGGCAUCAGAACUACCCAUGUUGUCACUGGACCGGAGCUUGAGCUGCUCGACCAGGAUGCCUUCCAUGAGACUGUCAAAAGAGCAACAGUACUAGCUCGGCUGACCCCAACUCAGAAACUUCGAGUUGUUCAGUCAUUGCAAAUGGUUUGUGGUCACAUUGUCGGCUUCUUGGGAGACGGAGUAAACGACUCACUGGCACUUGAUGCAGCCAAUGUAGGAAUAUCAGUUGACUCAGGAACAUCAGUUGCAAAAGACUUUUCCGACAUUAUCUUGCUCGAGAAAGACCUGAAUGUGCUAGUAGCUGGAGUUGAGCAUGGCCGGCUUACAUUCGGGAACACCAUGAAGUACAUAAAGGCGUAUGUCAUUGCCAAUUUGGGGAGUAUUAUCUCACUCUUGAUAGCAAGCUUGGUCCUCAGCAAUGAGCCAUUGACUCCUAAGCAGCUCCUCACUCAGAACUUCUUGUACAGUGUUGGCCAGAUUGCAAUCCCAUGGGACAAAAUGGAAGAAGAUUAUGUGAAGAUCCCACAAAAGUGGCCUGAGAAAGGUUUACCAAUGUUCAUCUUGUGGAAUGGGCCCGUAUGCACUCUCUGUGAUGUGUUUACCCUUGUGUUCAUCUGGUUCUACUGCAAGGCUUGCACUGCAGAAGCUAUAGAAUUCUUCCAUUCUGCUUGGUUCGUUGAAGGGCUUCUGAUGCAGACUCUGAUCAUCCACUUGAUCCGAACAGAGAAGAUUCCAUUCGUACAAGAGUUUGCCUCAUGGCCUGUGAUUUGUUCCACUGUUGUGAUUUCUGCUGUUGGAAUCGCAAUUCCCUUUACACCAAUCGGUACAGUGAUGGGGUUUGUUUCCUUGCCUCUAUCAUACUUUGGAUUUUUGGUUGUGCUUUUCGUAGGAUAUUUCUUUGUUGGGCAGGUGGUAAAGAGGAUUUACAUUUUUGUUUACAAAAGAUGGCUUUAGCAAAGUAGA